GGAAUGUUAUUUACAAAUGGCUGACACAAAUAUUCGGUUGUAAAAUUCUUCCUUGUUUCAUGAUUCAUUUUGAGUUAUAUAUUAAGAGAUUUUCAACAGGAUACCAUUCACAUUUGUGCUCUAAGACAAUUAGUGUGUGGAAGGAAGUAUUCUAGUUGAUGUGAGUUUGAAGGGUGAACACUUUUCUUCGUGUUUAUCUUGGGCUUUGUUGUGAUCAGUAGUGAUAUUGUUGUGAACUCUUGAAAAUCAGCUGAUUUCACAAUUUGCUGUUUGCUUGGAAAUGGAAGGAGAUCAGGAUUUCAAACGCCUUCAGUGGGAAGAUGAAGUGUUCUCGUGUGACAUUAUUCAAGAUUCUGCCAAGCACAGACUUUUUUUUGCCCACCCUAAAUCGUUUCGAAAGUCAAGUUGCAGUGUUUUAAAUCUUCCGCGGAGUAUUCCGUGUCCUUCUUUGUAAAGAAAAAAAAGGGAUCUUGUUUGUUGAUUCUGAACAUAACUGACGACGAAAGACACACAGUAGCCUACAUCUAUUAUCUAGAUCUAGAAUCUUGAGCUUUAUUCGCCACUCUUCAAAGAUCUGAAUAUUUCCUGUGAGUCUGUGAACCCUCAGUUACCAUCAACGAAAAAUCACAUUCGCAUUUCAUGAACUGCUGACGGACUGCUACUUCAGCUUUCAACUCUUCAACUCCUAUUUCAUACAGUUACUAAUCUAGACUAUUACACAGAUUUGUUUUUUUUUAAUAUUUUGCUUGAGAGUACCGAUUUUAGUGUAUUAUAUUUGCUCUAAGACAUUUAACCUUCUAUGAUUAUUAGAUGAGCUUGUCAAGAUCUACUUGACUUUGUAGCAGAUACACUUUUGCCUUUCUGUUUACAGUUAGAUUCUAGUUGUUGAGAGUAUUCUCGCCGUGCCUUUUAUUUCUGGUAAUUUAAAUUUAGUGAGUGGUGUGUAACAUCGAAAAUUCAUUCCAUCGUUGCUCAGACACUCAAAGGACUCGGACAGCAAUUUUGUGAACACCCAAGCACCACCUCAGCCACCUGCCCCACAUAUAAAAGCCUGGUUCACUUUUAUUCAGGGUUGCAGUACAUUCUAAAUUUCAUCAUGAAGCUUCUAGAAAAUGCAAAGCUUGAGGCGAUCAAUUCAGCACUCUGUAUGGAUUUGGACAACUGUAACACAUACAUUGAAGGAAGGCUUGAGAGUUACUCCUGCAAAAUGGCAGGUAAUGACAAGCGCCUGUUCAAGACAAUGAAUGAGGAGAAUCGCGAAGCACCUGGUGGUCUACAAGCUUUGUCACCAUCAGUUGCCUUUGGAUAUGCAUCAUCCACCAGCCCUAUAGGAACCGAACCUUACACCCAUGCUGUUGGGAGUCAUGAAGAGGGCGGCAUACUUUGUGACACGAUUUCUACAAAGACACUCUUCUACCUUAUCUCCACCCUCAAUGCAUCUUUCAAUCCAGACUAUGAUUUCAGUGCUGCAAAGAGUGCUGAAUUCAGCAGAGAAACAAGCUUAGAGUGGGUAGUCCAAAAUGUGAACUCUGCCUUGAUGGCAGCUGCUGGAGACAAGUAUGGAGCGUUCAAGCAACAGCUGUGGUCUUCAUUGGAUGAUGAAAUUUGCCUGAAGGACUGUUAUAUUUACAGCUACAACCCAGACAUGUCAUCAGACCCCUUCAGUGAGGAGGGCUGCAUUUGGUCCUUCAACUAUUUCUUCUACAACGUGAAGCUAAAAAGAAUUGUUUUCUUUUCCUGCAGGGCAAAAAGAAAAGACACCAUGGAAAUGGAUGGUGACAUGGACUUCUCUUACGAUGGCAAUGAUGAUCUCAUGUUUGCAGGCAGCAGUCAGAGUGGUCGUAAAAAAGCACUCUAGGAGUUCAAAAUGAAAGUCAACUGAGAUGGAACUCCGUAGAUAUCCCUGCUGUGUACGUGUCAUGGUUGGCGUGUCACAUGAGGUGCUUGGAAAUUCGCCUCCUCGUUUGUGGAUGACUUUAUCCAAUGUCUGAAAAAGAGGGAAAGUUAUUUUAUUGAUUACACCCAUAAUCAGUACCACUAUGCCUUCCUUUUUUCUUUUCAGAAUUUAACUCAAAAAAUGCAUAAAAAGACAAAAACGUAAAACAAAAAAUGUUUGAAUAAGAAUUUGCAAUCCAUGUAUGAAUUCUUUCUAUCAUUGUUAUUAUUUCCAUAAUGCACUCAGUUCAAGAAACAAUGUGAUAAUGGUUUGGGUUUGGUUCUGUUUGCUCUUUGUAUCAAUGUACACUGUCAUUCCCAGCUUUUAUUUGCAAUGUUUUGUUAUUCAUUUUCUUCAUUGUUCAUUGUUGCUGAAUGUAUAUAUUGGACAACUAAUGUGUAGAAAAUUGCUAUGAUUGUGUUUAUUUUUUUGCAUAUAUUUUCAUGUGUCUCACUCCACUGGCCUUCCAUUUAUGGAAAAGUCUACCAAAAGUGUAAAAAGAAAUAAAUAUUUGUUCAAUUUCAGAAAUGACAGCAUUUAAACAUUUUUAAUAAAAGAAAGAAUCUUCAAAUUCUGGAAGAUGGGGGUGUAAGAUAUUUACUACAGCUCUUUGCUAGAAAAUGGAAAGAGGUAAAAACAAUAUUCAUUGAAUUGAUCAUUUUCCAUAGUGGUAUUGUAUAUUAUCAGAUAAGGUCUUAAAGUUUUUGGGGGUUUUUAGUCUAAAGAUAUUGUGUUUUUUAAUGAAACACAUUACUUCUCUGUCCCCUCCCAAUUUAUAAGUUCUUGUUACCUGUCAAGCUUAAAGCAGAGCUGGUUGUCACACUUUGCCUAUUCGAUGGUGCUGUCUGUUAAUUAUUCAAAUUUUUAAAAAGGAAUAGAUGUUAGAAGUAUGUCGGGUUAGUCGGCAAAUACUACAAAGAUAAUGCAUAAUGGGCUGGUCUAAUAUCAAUUGCUGCUCGCUGUAUUAGUUGGGUUUUUUUAGUGUAGGCUGUCCUCUGUUAAAAUUUGGAUAGAUCUACAGGUUAAAAAUAUUCAUUUUUGCGUCAUAAUGUUUCUUAUAUAUAUAUUUCUUUGUAAUCUCUGCUAUGAGCACUUAUUUGGUAAUGUUUUUAAUUAUUAUACUUUCCAUUUUAUGUAUUCCAUUUGGUUUUAGUUGCUAGGCUUUUAAUAGCAACUGGAAAAUACUUGGGGAUUUUUUUGGUUCUAUAAAAAAAGUUGAUUUUGAUGUCUAUUUGUUAAAAAAGCACCAAAAAGUAAUACCAUUGUUUAAUGCCAACUAAGUAAUUGUAGUGGUUAUUGGAUCCUAGGGAAUAAGUGUCCGGUUUCAAACUUAUAACUCCCUUUUAAACAAAUGUGCAUGUUCAUACAUUUAGCAAAUUUUUGUUUUACCCCACAACCGUCAAUUUAUAUUUUUCUGGAAUGGGAGUUUUAGGACUGUAAAUCUCAGUAAUUCUGAAAGGAAAAAAAUGUACUUGAGAUCCCUUUUUUUUUAAUAAGUAUAAGCCACAAUGUAUGCGUAAUGAAGCUUCCAUGUAUGAUAAGUGUUGUUACCUAUUCUUUUGUACAUUCUGUAUCGGUAUUACUCCUGUGCAAUGUGGAAGCUCAUUACAUACAGGUGGCUAUUAAUUGCUGCUUGAGGCAAACCCUGUGUAUAGUUUUUAUUUUCAUAUGUCAAGUAUUCUUUUCUACCAACAAGCGCACGAUGUAAUUGUGGCUUAGCCCUGACUAGGCAGCUAGGCCUCAUGGCCGUAUACAUAUUGAGUGACUGGAUUUUUAUCUAUAAUGUAAUAAUAGUCUGUGGUAUUGUUUGUAAAGAUAUUAGAUUUGUGGUCUGCGGAGUUGAAUAACAUCUGAGAUGUCGACACAAAUGUAUUUAUGUAUCGAAUGCUACUGAUCAGGUCAAAGUCAAUACUGGAAAAAAGAGGAGUGUAUUUAUUACACUGAGCAGGAGUGCCUCCCACGGUUGUUGUAUACAAAAGGAAAAAUGCAGUAUUUUGUGCCUAUUCUUAUUCCGUAAACUGUCUGUAAAGUAAAUUUUUAAACCUGUAUAGAACACACUUUGGUGAAGGGUGGAUCUUUUCUUCUUUUCAGUCAUGUGUGGACUGACUGUUGGGGGGGGGGGGGGUUUAGAGAGAGAAUGGGCUUGGUGUAUAGCUUUUUAACUAUUAGAUACAAGUUAAAUUUCAGAUUUUUCUGCUCAAAUUAUCCUAUCUGUGUACAAAUAUUAUUCCAUAAUUCCAGUCGUUGUUGUCUGCAGAGGCUUUAGUCUUGUUUGGGUUUUUUUUAAUUUACUUCUAAAGUUCCAUAGUGAAAUUGUAGUCUCUUUUGGUCACAUCUUCAAAAAGUGUUUUUUGUUGUGGAACUGAGAACUGCCAAAGGUCUUGCCGAAUACUGUUUGGUGUAACAAUCCAAAAUGAGCAAUUGAUGUACAAUUGUCAACAAUAGUGAUGUCAUUUGAGUCUAGGGGUGCAAUUGCAAAUCAUCCUUGUUCACCUGGUUGCCUUUGUUCUCUUCUUAUUUGCGAGAAAGAGGACACUCCUAGGACAAGUUUAUAGAACCUUUAGGGCUCAGUGAAGGUCAAUAUUUGUUUUUCCUUUUGUUCUAUCUAAAGAGCUUGUUCCAUUUUAGUUUUCACAGGCAGCAUCAAGGAGAAAAGCUCCAUUGCCUCUGUAAAAUGCCAUCCAAACAGACUUUUUAUGCAAAUUCCAGCUCAGGAAAAUAAGUUCCUAUUUGUAAUAAGUAUUGGCAUUUCUGUUUUUAAAGUAAUACUUCCACAGAUCUGUUUCCCUGCAUCUUUUUAUUCCUAUAUUGCUGCUGUUGCUGAGAAAAUCAGUCUGAUUUUUUUUAGUGGACCCUGUUAACCAGGGUUAAGCAGAGUUAAACAUUUUCCUUGGCACUGCAGCACUGUCUUUUAUGUAUCUUACCUGUUUAGUAGCCCAGCUACCAUUCUGUCUAUCUUUAUUCACUGCUUUCUUUGAACUAAGUAGGCCUUUUUCACUGGAUUUGUACGAUGGGGAAACAGGGCAACUUGUCACUUUUCUUUUUUUACUGAAAACAAAACUACUAAUUCAGUAGAGUUUUUAUUGCAAAUUCCCUUGAUACAGAGUUAUCUGGAUCGGUAAUAGCACUCAACCAAUGACAGCAAUGUGUGUUCCUUGUCGUGCUGGCCCAUUUUACUAUUGUGUAGAUUCUUUCACUCAGCUGAGAUGAGAACGUAAUUAAAUAUUUCUUAUUUACUAUAUUGAGAUAGAUCAAAGACAAAAUAAGUGCACUUGUCUCUGUUGCUUUUUGAAGAUAGGUCCCUUAUUGUCAAUCCUCCGUAGUGAAUGUGCUGUCUUGUUUCUGUCAUAAUCAAUUUAAACUAUGACGACUCUGCCUGUGUUAAUGGCAACUAAAUCCAAUAAAUGUUUGGCUCUCUUGAAACAUUAUUUGCAUCUGUGUAGGUAGCCGUUUGUUUGCAACGCACAUUUUGCAUUGGUUUGUCUUGAGUUUUCAAGGAAUUUUGUAGUACUGUGUUACCGGCUGCUUUGCAACCUGUUUCUCAGUAUUUUGUUAACCAACAAAAGUUGGAGUAUGCUAAUAUCAAAUACUGGUCCUUGAAAUGUGUGUGUGCCUAGAGAAAGGCCAACGAAGUCGUACCCUCUCAAAAAUGUAGUUCCAUCACAAAUCACACUUUUAACCAUAUCGUGAUAACAUAUUGAAAGGAUUUUAUAUUGUACUUCUAAAUAUUUAUUUUUGUAUUAGUUAUGUUUGCAACAUGUAGCCUACUUCACCAAAAGUUAAAAAGAAAAUGUGCUAGAAAUCAGGUUUUUCUCCAAACUUUGUUUUUACACCCUCGGUUACAAAAUGUGGCAUAUGGUGAAAACUGCUGAAAAUACACUUGAAAAGUUUAAGAAUCAGCGUGUUCAGCAUUGAAUUUACUUUCCACAUUAUGCCUUUAUUUUGAUAUAUAUGCAAAAUUUCCAACAACUAGGUCCUUUCUCCAGGCACACACAAAUAUUCAGAAUAGACCAUUAAAAUUUCGUCAGCAGAAACAAACGAAAAGAAGAGCUUUCUAAUUUAAUUACUGUGCUCAUAUGAUCAGUUUUCAAUUGCUUAAGUGUGCAAAAAGUGUGGCUUUAGUGUUUAAUGAUCUUGUCUGUACUUGUUAUCAAAAGUUUGAGUUUGGACUUUUGGAAAUAAUUACUGGGCAUUUAUUACCACUGUGUUACUAAUUCUUACUUUUUUUUUGGGGGGGGUUCACAUCAUGCUUGCUUUAAAUGAGUAGACAUACGCUAGUACAGACAGGCUAUUGCAUUAUUAUGCUUUUUUGUUCUUUUUUUUAAAGGAAUUUCUUUUAACGAUCAUGUACAUAUGUAUAUAUAUUAUAUGUAUCGACUGCUUACUUUUCGAAAUGGCGUAUGGCAAUCUUACACUAAUUUGUCGAUAUAUAUUGGGAUUGCUGUUUUGUUUUUUCAAGUCUCUGUAUUAUUCUUUUUAAAGCACAGUUUUAGUCUGACUCACAAAUAUUUUAUUACCUGUUAAUAGUUUUGUCAACUGAAAAUUCUUUUACUCAAGUUUUAUCACUUUCCCAUAACUAACUGGUUCCUGGUGUGGUAAAGAGCUUGUGCUUGAAUGAAGGCAAAAAAGAAAAGUUGUAAAACUGUAUAAUCAGGAAAACCCUUUGCUAUCUAUGAAAUGCUUCCUCUGGGAAUGCAAAUUAAACUGGUUCUGGAUUUCUGAAAAUCUGUUGUCAAACCAACAUUGUCCCAAUAGCAAGCACAUUACUUUUGAAUCGAGCAGUUUUGUGCCAAACUGAACAAGAUUUUGAACUAUCUUGAUUUAUUUUUUCCAAAAGAGAGAGAGGAAACAUGAAAACAAAGGAAAUAUUAUGUUUGGUUUACACCUAGCCUUCUCGGAUAAGGGCGAAAAAUCUUAGGGGUUGCAUGUGCAAGAUGCGCACUUCAACUUUCCCAGUAUGCCCAAAUUUACUUGCAACUGGUACAUUGUGACCCAAACAUAGACCAGACCCUUUUUAUUGUAAAAUAUGUCGUGGCUUAUAUUUGGGUCUGCUUGUUUGUUUGUUGUUGUUUGGGGGGGGGGGGGUUCCUGUUGAUCCAUGAGUUUUUUAAAUGUGACUUGAAACAUAAGUAGGCUACUUGGCUGAGGACAAUUGUUGUAAUGGACUGAUACAGUCAACGGAUGAGUUGAUGUUGUCGGGGGAAUGAUAAAAAAUCAACUCAUCCGAAGUUCAACUUGACUGUCGGGACCACAAAACAACGGCACAACAAAGUCUUUUGUCCUGCUCAUGCUCACAAUUUUCAAUAAUUUUAGUCAGGUGCUGUAGUUUGCAAGCGCACUCUGACAGCUAUACUAACAAUACACUUGUACUCGUAGCUUGUACCUCUGCGCUAAACGUGCACUCUCACUGCACCCGUUGAGUUGGAUCUGUUUCCUCUUUGUUACCCUUAAUUUACUCUGUUUGUGGCCCGUUUGUUACUAAAGUUGUUGUUGUUGUCUUUCAUCAGGGAUCUGGUAGGCAUUCUUAUUUUGCUGUUUUUUUCCGUUUGGUUUUGAAUUCAUUUUGAUGGUCUAAUUGAGACUUUAGCCGUUGCUGGAUUACUUGUUGAACUGUUAUUUCAACUGGAAACAAUUACUUUUAAAAGUUUUUUUGCAUUUAAUUUCGUUCCUAUUUCAUAUUGUGUUGCCGUAUAUGCAUCAUCCACUUGUAUUGAGGCAUUAUUUUUCUUUCCUGUUAGGGUCUUACGUUGAUGACCCUUUGAUUGAAAGAACAAAAAAAUUCAGAAUGUUGAAGUUGUAUUGAUUUUUCAAUAGGUAGGGGAAUGGAGUAGUACAUGUGUAGGAGUAGAAUCUACACACAUACUAACUUUUCUGUGUAGUUCUGAGACUGGAGAGAGAAAUACAAGUUGUUUCUCCCACUGGUGUUUGUUUUAUUGUAUAAGCCUGUAUUGUCGUUAUAUGCAAAUAUUUGGGGGCCCUGAACCAGCAUUGGACUUGAACUUGAAAUCUUUUACUUGUAAAUAUUUUUUCUAACCCCUUGUACAUAGGUAUGUAAAUACGUGUUCUGUCAUUGAAAUAGCCAUGUUAUGUAAACAUUUUUAUACUUUUAGCUUGUGUUGUUUUCCUGUAUAGUUUUGCCUCUGUGAAUAAAAAGUACAGGAAAUUUUCA